CAAUUUCUCGUCCUGCUCCUCUGUUCCCUCUCUCUCUCUCUUUUGCUCUCUCUCUCUCUCUCUCUCUCUCUCUCUGUUCUUGAGACCAUAAUUCCUCUUCUUCUUCUUCUCUAACCCUAACCCUAACCCUAACCCUAGCUUGGGUAAUGUGUGAACCAGUUGCCCGCUUCUUAAUCUUCUGAAGCUUCUUGAAAGAAUCUAUCAUCAAGGUUUCUGUUUUUGUUUUUGUUUUAUUUUUUUUAUAAAGUUUGGAUUUUUAAUUCAUUUGUUUGUGUUUUUGUUUUUGUACGGAUAUUUUUGUUUGUUUGUUUGUUUGUUUGUUUGGUUUUGAUCUGUGGAGCUUUAGAUUGUGAUUUGGAGGGGAAGAGAGUAAUGUAGGCGGAAUGGAUGGGGUUGCGGGAGCUGUUUUAAGCUCUCUGGUUAUUUUGAGGUCCGUUGUUUCGGUUGUUUGUGUUUGUCUGUAUUGAUUGUUGGUGAAAUCAUUGGAUUUUGGAUGAUUUUUCUUUUUUGUGUAUUGUUUAUUGUUUUUUUGAGGUGAAUUGAGGUUUUAAACGAUGUGGAGGUUGAAUUUUGGCUCUGAUUACAUUUUUCGCACUUGAUUUGCGGUUCAAGAUUUGAUUUUUAUAUUGAGUUUGGGGCAUUUUGAGCUGGAAUUGGAGGCCUUUUGAUGUUUUGUUGGAUGAGUGGUGGUGGUGGUGGUGUUAAUCAUGAGGAGCUUGGAUUGCUUUAAGCAGAACUCCUAUCGUGGUGGAUCUGAUAGACGGAUCUCUCUCGGAGAGUAUAAGAAGGCAGUGUCAUGGUCUAAAUAUUUGGUGUCUUUUGGAGGGGAGAUUAAGGGGGGAGGAGAGGAGGAAUGGAGUGCAGAUAUGUCACAAUUACUCAUUGGGAGCAAGUUUGCUUCGGGAAGGCAUAGUAGGAUCUAUCAUGGAAUAUACAAGGAUCAGGAAGUCGCAAUUAAGCUUAUGAGCCAGCCAGAGGAGGAUGAGAUAUUGGCAGCUUCUCUGGAGAAGCAGUUCACAUCAGAGGUUGCAUUGCUUUUUCGCCUUCGGCAUCCAAACAUAAUUACGUUUGUUGCAGCUUGUAAGAAGCCUCCGGUUUUCUGCAUCAUCACAGAAUACAUGGCAGGUGGCUCUCUGAGAAAAUAUCUCCACAAGCAAGAACCUUACUCAUUACCUUUAAAGCUCGUCUUGAAGCUAGCUCUUGAUAUUGCAAGGGGGGUGCAUUAUCUUCAUUCUGAGGGAAUUCUCCAUCGAGAUUUGAAGUCAGAAAAUAUUUUACUCGGGGAAGAUAUGUCUGUGAAAGUAGCUGAUUUUGGAAUCUCAUGUGAUGAAUCCGAGUGUGGUAGUGGAAAAGGGUUCAUGAGUACUUACCGAUGGAUGGCACCAGAGAUGAUUAAAGAAAAGCAUCAUACAAGGAAGGUUGAUGUUUAUAGUUACGGGAUAGUCCUUUGGGAACUUCUAACGGCCUUGACUCCGUUUCAAGAUAUGACUCCCGAACAAGCUGCUUAUGCUGUCUGCCAGAAGAAUGCUAGACCGCCGCUACCUGCUGGCUGUCCAGUGGCAUUGAGUCAUCUCAUCAACCGGUGUUGGGCAACCAACCCAGAUAAGAGGCCGCACUUUCGGGAAAUUGUUUCCUUGUUUGAAAGGUAUACAAUCUCUCUAGAAGAGGAUCCCACAUUCUUUUCAACCUACAAGCCUGCUCAGCAGCAGACUCUUCUCAAAUGUUUCCCAAGCUGCAUUGCAGUGAGGGGGGAUCAGCAACUCUAGAAGCUUAACAGCUGAAUUUUUCUCAGUUCUCAGUGAUAUGAUUGUAUUAUAUUUUCUUAUCAUUUACGGGCUUGCGCUAUCCUGUUAGCCCCCCGUCACGGCAAGUCCUAAGAAGGUCUUGCUGCUGUCAAUGUAUGUAUGUUAAAUUGGUUGAGGUUCCAAGCAUUCUUAUUGAUACCCUGCCAAUCAAAUGAUAAUAUGUAUUAGCUUAUAUAUUGUAAACUCCCCCCUUUUGGUUGGCA